ACCAACGCCUUUAUUUAUUACCUUGCCAGUUAAUCUUAGGUUAUAGAUUUGUUUUGGUCCAUAUUUUUUUAAUUGAUGGUAUUGAUGUUUUCAUGUACCUGUGUUACUUUGCAUGCGCAGUUGCAUCCUUGAUAAGAUAAGCGGCCAUUACUCCAAAGCACCUCUGAUUUGUUUGUUUUAUUAAAGAGAGAUUCUGGCUUCAAUUAGCCUGCAGACUAUUAUGAUUCUACUCAGUUAUCAGUUAUUGGUGAAGAUAUAGUAUCAGUUUGUGUAUUGUUUGUGUGUUUCUACCCAGGAUCAUGACAAGUGGAACACUCUAUUGAAGUUAUGAUGAGUAUAGUGAAUGAUGAACCUCCAGACACAUCUAAUCCUGAAACUGUAGGGUCAGCAAAUCCAGACAUCAUGAAUUUAGGACAAGCAGUGCCACCUGCCUCAAAUCUACUUACUACAACACCAUCUCAACCUACCAUGUCAUAUUCGAGUGCAUCUAAAAGCACAGGGGCCCUUCCGAAGAAGACAGUUCCUGUGCAGAAAAAUAAUCAAAGGCGCAUUAAAAAAGAUUUUGUUCCUAAUGAUUCAGAAAUAAAACGGAUAAUUGAUUGUCACCUUAAAGGAUAUAGAAUUCUGAUCAUAAUGAGAGGUCCUUCAGGAUCUGGGAAGUCUUAUCUGGCACGUCAGAUAAUAGACGAAAUUACAAGACCUAAUGAAGGCAACUACCAGAAACAUAUAUUCAGCACUGAUGAUUUCUUUUAUGUGCGCGGAAAUUAUGAGUACAAUAAAAGCAGGCUUAGUGAAGCUCAUGACUGGAAUCAUAAUCGCGUCCGAAUGGCUGCCAGACAAGGACUGAGCCCUAUUAUUGUUGAUAACACAAACAUAGCUAUUUGGGAAACACAACCCUAUGUCACUUAUGGAGUGGGAGAAGGAUAUUACAUUGAAGUCAUUGAGCCCAAAACACCAUGGGCUAAAAGCGCGUAUGAGCUUUGCAAACGAAACAGUCAUAAUGUGCCAUUAGUAAACAUUCGGAGAAUGCUCGAAAACUUUCAGUACCACAAUGUUACUGGGCAACAGCUUAUACAGAACUUCAAUUUAAUGUACCCUGAAGGUAAAAAACCACCCAUGCUCAGAAAUAUUCCUCCUAUUCCACAUUUCGAAACGCGGAAUACCCAGUCGCCACCAAAAAUCGCACAAGAAAGUAAGAAUCAAAACACAAGCGUGCAACAAAAUCAGAUUACUGACAAACCACAUCCGACUACAAGCUUUCAAAACAAUCAGAUCCCAGAAAAUCCGAUUCAGAUUGACCAUGAAAAUGCAUUCAUGAAAAGUAUUGAAAAUAAAAUUCAACCUGAUAAUUCAAAGAGUGAGGAGAAAAGCGAAAAUAACCCAACCAAAAGUGAAAGAUACAUAGAAAUUAUGAAAAAACUGGAAGAGCUUCAAAAAGUAGAGCAAGAAUGGGAAAAAUGCGAAGACUGGGAAGAAAACCAGAGCAAGACCGUCCAGUCAAUGAAUGAACCUUCUGCUGCAGAUAUUCCAAAUGGUCCUAAAACACAGAGAAGAAAUCAAGUCACAAGUGAUCAACAGUUGCUCCCUUCAGUGAAUGAUGAUGACUGGAGGUCCAUUACGAGGUUUAUGCCGGCAUGGGCAGACUCAAGUGAAGCUUCUAAAUCAAAAAGAACAGAAAAGAGAACAAUUGAAUCCAAAUCAUGUGGAACUUGUAUGGAAAUUGGAGACGCGGAUCUAAAUACUACUUGUUACAGAGUGAUCACAGCUAAGCCGAAAGAUAUAAACAUUUUUUACAUCGAAACAAACAAUAGUAAGAUUCCAAAUAAAAUAAUGCUGGAUAAAAGCAGCAUGACUAACGAGCAGUCCUUAACAAAUAAUCAUAGAUGCAAAAAUGAGGAAAAACAUUUCAAGUCCUUCCGUAAAAUGUUCAAACAUAUUGCGAAAGCGGAUUUGAAAGAAAUAUUUGAUAAAUGCAUGGGUGACGUAAACUGGGCUGUUGACAUUGUUCUGGAGGGUGUAGCCAACAAUGAAAUACAAACCAAUGAAGAAGCAGUAGGCUCCGAGUCUGAAGAAGAAACAGGCCAAUGUGACUGUGUCGCUAAUUAUGAUAUUAUCCCCGACACAUUCUCCGCUAACACCGAAACACCAUCAACGGCAGUUGAAAACAAAACGCCAGUUGAAAAUAAAACGCAAACGCCACAGAAGAAAGUAAAAAAAGAGAAAAAUGCAUCAGAAUCCACAUUGGAAUUGAAAAAACAGUUGGAACAAAACAUUGUCAUAUCGGACGCCCAUUAUUCGCAACACUCCUUAAAAAUACGUAAACAGCGUCGCGGUGAAAAUGACUAUCUAGACCCUCGCGGUCUAAAUAAGCCUGACCCGAAUCCAAUUGUUCCAAGCACGUCGACUCAAAUCGUGCCCUACAAUGUUAGUGAGGCUGAAUCAAAUGGUGACAUCAGUGACGAUGAAUCUGAUACAAGUGUAGAUGCUUGUGAAGAAACAGUAAACGUCAAUUUGGGACGUGAUUUCGUCAUACAACUGGACGAACUAUACGGCAGAAAAGACAUGACAUAUCCAUCCAAUAUAGUGCCGUUUGUUAACAUGCCUAUGUCCACUUUGGAGCGGAUCAAUGCCCUAUGGAUCGAGUCAUUGACACACCAAAUUGAAGCACAAGCAAAUUAUUCUGAAAUUUUACUGAAAGAGGAUGCAGAUUUCGCCAGGGAGCUUGCAGAAAAAGAGGCCGAAUUGGCUCAACAAGGCAAAGAGCCUGAAGUGCCAGACUUCAAAGAGAUCAUGGAUAUGGAACUGGCCAUGUCUCUUUACCAGAAAGAUGUUGACGAAUGGAGAAACAAAGAGCCUACCGAUAUAGCAGCUAAAAUGACCCGAACAAAGCUCAUUAAUUUGUUCCCUGAAGUUCCAGAGAAAGUUUUGUCGGAACUCUUGAUGGCUCACGAUCAUCAUUUUAAGACAACUGUUGAGGUAUUGAUGGUGUCUAUGGGCCAUUCCAAAAAGCUCGAGGAAGACAACGGCCUAAACAGAUUCGUCAUGCAGAGGGAAAUAGCUAGACAGGAGAGACUCCUUGAAGAGGAAAGGAAGAAGGAGUUGAGCGAGCAAGAAUGGCCGAUGCUGAAGGCGUCCGCCGACGUGGACAUGUCGACGGUGGACGCGUACCGCCAGCAGGCCAUGCAGCAUCUCGAGCGGCGUAACGGAAAUCACACCAAAGCGCAAGACUACAUCCGUCGCGGCAUGACACAAGUCGCCGCGCACUACAACAGCAUCGCCAUGUAUCACAAGAAGCAGUUCGAACAAGCCAACAGCCUGGCCGCCUCCUCGCUCAUACAGGUGAACGCAGCCAACCGUUCCAACACAACCCUAGACCUGCACUACUUAUUCGUAGCGGAAGCUGUCGAAGCACUAGACCUAUUCCUAGACCACCACAUCCAGGCUCUCCGCAACGAAAGCGCUCGUCAGAACACAAACACCCUGUUUCUCAUCACUGGACGAGGCAAGAACAGCCCAGCUGGGCCGAGGAUCAAGCCGGCUGUUAAGAGGCGGCUGAAAGAAAGGGGAUACGCAAUCAGCCAGCUGAACCCUGGCCUGCUCUCUGUGGAGAUUCGCCGCGAGAACCUCCUCACGCAUCAGAUCGAGACCGCCUGAAGGCGUCUAUACGGGUGGCUCGCCAACCACCCAUCCUUGCUCCAAAUCACACUUUCC